UCUAGCUUCACUUUGUACCCAGCCCUCGACGCAUGAAUUAUAUUUGCUUGUGAAAUUGCCCAACUUAUUUUUAUAAUCAAAAUGGUCCUGGCAUCUUUGUCCACUGGUGUGAUUGCUCGCAUUAUGCAUGGCGAGGUUGUGGAUGCCCCGGUUCUCCAGAUCCUGGCAAUCAAGAAGAUUAACAGCGCAGCGGACUCAGAGCGCUAUCGCAUCCUAAUCUCCGACGGCAAGUACUUUAACAGCUAUGCGAUGCUGGCCAGUCAGCUGAACGUGAUGCAGCACAAUGGAGAAUUAGAGGAGUUCACCAUUGUCCAGCUAGAUAAAUAUGUGACCUCACUGGUAGGCAAGGACGGAGCCGGAAAACGCGUUCUCAUCAUUUCCGAACUAACUGUGGUGAAUCCUGGCGCCGAGGUUAAGUCCAAAAUUGGCGAACCCGUUACGUAUGAAAAUGCAGCCAAGCAGGAUCUGGCGCCUAAGCCAGCAGUAACAUCUAAUUCCAAGCCAAUUGCCAAAAAGGAACCGAGCCACAACAACAAUAAUAACAUAGUAAUGAAUUCCUCUAUUAAUAGUGGAAUGACACAUCCCAUUUCUAGCCUAAGUCCCUACCAAAAUAAGUGGGUGAUUAAGGCUCGCGUGACCUCAAAAUCCGGCAUUCGCACCUGGAGCAAUGCCCGCGGCGAGGGCAAGUUGUUCAGCAUGGAUUUAAUGGACGAAUCGGGCGAAAUUCGGGCCACUGCCUUCAAGGAACAGUGCGAUAAGUUCUACGACCUCAUUCAAGUGGAUAGCGUGUACUAUAUAUCAAAGUGUCAAUUGAAACCGGCAAACAAGCAGUACUCUUCGCUGAACAACGCCUACGAGAUGACUUUUUCCGGUGAAACAGUUGUCCAGCUUUGUGAGGAUACCGACGAUGAUCCCAUACCGGAAAUUAAGUACAACCUUGUUCCUAUUUCCGAUGUGUCGGGUAUGGAAAAUAAAGCAGCGGUAGACACAAUAGGAAUUUGCAAGGAGGUGGGCGAGUUGCAAUCAUUCGUAGCUCGCACCACAAACAAGGAAUUCAAGAAACGGGACAUAACCCUAGUGGACAUGAGUAACUCGGCCAUCAGCUUGACCCUUUGGGGGGAUGAUGCCGUUAACUUUGACGGUCAUGUGCAGCCUGUGAUCCUGGUCAAGGGAACACGCAUUAACGAGUUCAAUGGCGGAAAGUCCUUGAGCCUCGGCGGUGGCUCAAUCAUGAAGAUUAACCCCGAUAUACCCGAGGCACAUAAGCUGCGCGGCUGGUUCGACAAUGGAGGUGGUGACAGUGUCGCCAAUAUGGUUUCGGCGCGAACGGGCGGAGGAAGCUUCUCUACUGAAUGGAUGACGCUUAAGGAUGCGCGGGCUCGCAAUCUCGGCAGCGGCGACAAGCCUGAUUACUUCCAGUGCAAGGCAGUGGUGCACAUUGUCAAACAGGAAAAUGCUUUCUACCGAGCCUGCCCUCAGAGCGACUGCAACAAGAAGGUUGUCGAUGAGGGCAACGACCAGUUCCGCUGCGAGAAAUGUAACGCACUGUUUCCCAACUUUAAGUACCGACUGCUGAUCAACAUGAGCAUCGGGGACUGGACUUCCAACCGUUGGGUCAGCAGUUUUAACGAGGUCGGUGAACAGCUUCUCGGGCACACUUCGCAGGAAGUGGGUGAGGCCCUUGAGAACGACCCUGCCAAAGCCGAGCAGAUUUUCUCAGCACUCAACUUCACUUCACACAUCUUUAAGCUGCGCUGCAAGAACGAGGUUUACGGGGACAUGACUCGCAACAAGCUCACUGUGCAGUCUGUAGCCCCUAUCAAUCACAAGGAGUACAAUAAGCACUUGCUCAAGGAGCUGCAGGAGCUAACCGGCAUUGGCUCAUCAAACUGAGUUCCAUGCGCAGUGCGCCAAAACACGUUUCCCAUAAAUUAGGAAUAGGCUAUACAUUUAUUCAUUACAUUACAUACGUUAUUUCCAAAUAUUGUGAAUGGGUUGUUAUUCAGCUACGCUUCCCUUAAUUAAAAUAAAAUUAAAAGCAUUGGAGAAAGUGGAAGUAAAUUGGUUUCGAUUCUGAAACAUGUAAUAUUAGCUGAGUACAUAUAAAUAAUAUAAAAUAACCGCCUGGUCUUGAU